CUCAAGAAUAAAUACUCUGCUUCCUGUCGUCGAUAUUUCCAAUUCUCUCCUCCAGAUCAUCUCUCUCAUCCACAACUCUCUUCAUAUAUUCUCUUCACCUUUGAUACCCCUCUCUCUAUAUCAUAUAACACAUCAUACACAAUGGCUCUCACCGUCGAGCUGUCCACUCCCGUUACUGGUACCUACCAGCAGCCCAUUGGCCUCUUCAUCGACGGCAAGUGGGUUGAGGGUGUCGACAAGGGAAAGUUCGAGGUUAUCAACCCCUCCACCGAGGAGGUCAUCACCUCCGUCUGUGAGGGUACCGAGAAGGAUAUCGACCUAGCUGUCGCCGCUGCCCGCAAGGCUUUCGAUGGCGAGUGGAAGAACACUGCUCCCCAGACCCGAGGAAACCUUCUCCUCAAGCUCGCCGACCUCGCCGAGAAGAACCUCGACCUCCUCGCCGCCGUUGAGUCUCUUGAUAACGGAAAGUCCAUCACCAACGCCCGUGGUGAUGUCGGUGCCGUUGUUGGCUGCCUACGAUACUACGGUGGUUGGGCCGACAAGAUCGAGGGCAAGACCAUUGAUAUUGCUCCCGAUAUGUUCCACUACACCCGAUCCGAGCCCAUCGGUGUCUGCGGUCAGAUUAUCCCCUGGAACUUCCCCCUUCUCAUGCUGGCAUGGAAGAUCGGACCUGCUCUGGCCACUGGUAACACCGUCGUCAUGAAGACUGCUGAGCAGACUCCUCUCUCCGCUCUCGUCUUCACUCAGUUCAUUGAGCAGGCUGGUUUCCCUGCUGGUGUCUUCAACCUUGUCUCUGGUUACGGCAAGACUGCCGGUGCCGCCCUCUCUUCUCACAUGGACGUUGACAAGAUCGCCUUCACUGGUUCUACCGUCAUUGGCCGACAGAUCAUGAAGGCUGCUGCUUCUUCCAACCUCAAGAAGGUCACCCUCGAGCUUGGUGGCAAGUCCCCCAACAUCGUCUUCGAGGAUGCCGACAUCGAGGAGGCCAUCAACUGGGUCAACUUUGGUAUCUACUACAACCACGGCCAGUGCUGCUGUGCUGGUACCCGUAUCUUUGUCCAGGAGUCCAUCUACGACAAGUUCCUCGCUGCCUUCAAGAAGCGAGCUGAGGAGAACAAGGUCGGUGACCCCUUCAACGAGGAGACCUUCCAGGGUCCCCAGGUCUCUCAGCUCCAGUACGACCGUAUCAUGGGCUACAUCAAGGCCGGUAAGGACGAGGGUGCCACCGUCGAGAUCGGUGGUGAGCGUCUCGGUGACAAGGGUUACUUCAUCAAGCCCACCAUCUUCUCCAACGUCCGCCCCGACAUGAAGAUCAUGCAGGAGGAGAUUUUCGGCCCCGUCUGCGCUAUUUCCAAGUUCAAGGACGAGGCUGAGGUCAUUGACCUUGCCCACGACACCGCUUACGGUCUCGCUGCCGCUGUCCACACCAAGAACCUCAACACUGCCCUCCGCGUUUCCAACGCUCUCAAGGCCGGAACUGUCUGGGUGAACUGCUAUAACAUGCUACAUCACCAGCUCCCAUUCGGAGGCUACAAGGAGAGUGGAAUUGGACGAGAACUCGGCGAGGCAGCCCUCGCCAACUACACACAGAACAAGUCGGUUGCCAUCAAGCUGUACUAAGCAUAGCAAAGCGAAUUGGGGACUUUCCAAGGAAAUAUGGGCGGCGUUGUAACUGCAUGAUCAAUUUUUAUAUGAUUCCACUUUAGUUUUACGCAUUCAAUGAAGAAAUGUUAAAGAAAUCGUCAAAAA